AUGCCCGAUAUCGAUUAUUUCACAGACUCCCCUCCGAGGAGUCCGAGUCCCCCGCCCCCAGCCGAAAGCCGCAUCCUAACCGUCAUCAACAACAUCCAACUCCGCGGCUACCACUGCCAGCCCUUCUCCUCCCCUGGCCACACUCUCUCUGCUCCGCCAUUCUCGAACCAGCCCUCCUCCGCACUCUCCUCCCCGACUUUCCCUUUCUCGCUUCCUUCCAGCUCGGCCUCCUUGAACUUGAACUCCAACACCAACACCAAUACCAAUCGGAACUACGCCCUACAACGUCUCAGCAACCUGACCCAAGGCGACAUAGUAUUCAUGUACAUGGACAUGGAAGGAAGCGGGCGCGGGCGCGAUGCAAACCCAAGUCAUAUUCUCCGGCCCGGUCCCAAUCCGCUUCUACGUGUCCCUGAAGAGCGAUAUGAGCUCAGGUACGAUGACGAUGACGAUGAUGACGAUGGAUACACCACCCAGUCCCCUAUGGGACUACGACUUUACCCCCGCCUCCCAAGCCUCCCAACCUAUGAUAACACUCCAGAAGACCCAGAAGACGUUAUCAGGCAAAUGAUCACGCACCACGCGGAAGAAAGGCUAGAAAUAACAUUUGAGGAAAUAAUGCAGGAGGCCCAGACACAGACACAGGGCCAGGACUGGGACUGGUUAGACUCCCAAGCUUACCCCCUCUUGGUUCCUGGCGUUUGUUUCCGAAUCCCUAUCCCUCCUGACCCAACGACGAGUCGUCAUCACCAUAAUCAUCAUCGGGCAGAUAUCAUGACCGUGCAGCGCAAUAGGCUUCUUCGCAGCCCGGGUAGUGGUUUGAAUUCGGAACCAAGGGGGAUGGUUCUGGGUGUUGCGAUUCAUGAGACUUUGGCGGAUGCGAGAGGGGUGGUUGUUAUCGUGGAAAGGCUGAGGAGGGAACUUUGGAGGGAGGUUGUUGGAGAUUUAGAUGCAGACGCUGAUCCAGACGGAAACGGAGAUGAGGAGGCAUGGUGA